GUCCAUCAUGCAUGUGCUCGGAGCUUUGCGCCUGGCCUGCUACCAACUUUUGCUUCUUGGUGUAUUUGGAAAGUACAAUAGUAACAAUCAUCUCCAUGGCACAAGGACUCUAUCAGCGCAUUUAUCCAGACCGGACCGAACCCACCGAGCGAACCAUCGUUUGCCCACCUACAUGAUGCAGCUCUAUCGGAAUUUCAAGAUGAACCAGACGCGCCCUGUGGAUUAUAUGGACCACGAGCAUGCGGACACAAUCCGGAGCAUCCUCUCAAAAAGUUUGUCCAGUGAAGGCAGACACUACGUCACAUACUUUGACCUUUCGUCUGUGCUAUCAGAACGUCAGAUACAAGGUGCCGAGCUGAGGAUUCGUAUUCCCAGAGAUACAAACCAAAUUAACAUCACGGUGGAAAUCAGACACCAGCAGAACGUCCCAUGCCACCAGCAUGUCUGCCUCCAAAACCAAUCGUUGGGCCUGCUCACAGAAAAAUCUCUCAUGGGCUCAUCUCAUCACUGGAGCGUCUACAACGUCACAGACCUGCUUCUGGACUGGAUUAGCACAAAACUCUCUGAGACCAAGCCCCUGAAGAUCAAAAGAGCCGUACGGUCCAGCAGAUACGCUCUUCAGAAUGGGCCGAAAUACACGGAGGGUGUCCACCACAGAGCCAUGCUGCUUAUAUUCUCGCACACCUCUUCAGAUCAGGGAACGCAGGACAAGGCGAGUCUACUUCACACGGCUGAAAAGUCCAAGUUUUUAUUUAACACCGAAGGAAAAGAGGUGCGUAGAGAAAGACCGCACAAAAGCAAGAGGGGCAGGAGAGGUCAGCCCAUGAGGAACCCAGAGCUGGUCAAAAACCAGGAAGAUAAAAGCUUGCAGUGUAAAAAAGUCGACAUGCACGUGGAUUUUAAUCAGAUUGGAUGGGGUUCCUGGAUCGUUUUCCCCAAGAAGUACAACGCUUACCGCUGUGAAGGCAGCUGUCCGAACCCUCUAGGUGAGGAGCUUCACCCCACCAAUCAUGCUUACAUGCAGAGUUUGUUAAAGUACUAUCAUCCUAACAGAGUCCCAUCGGCCUGCUGCGCACCAACAAAGAUGAGCCCCCUCAGCAUGUUAUAUUAUGAAAAUGGAGAACUGAUCCUGCGACACCAUGAAGACAUGGUCGUGGAAGAGUGUGGCUGCAUCUGAUGAACUCGUGGGUUUCCUCAACACCUCUGAAGGAGGUUGAAGUGUACUUUUGAAAGCCCCCGUCUUAGCAAGAACAGUACUGUACGAGACUCGGUCGGCAUCAAGCGAGGGCUGUUUUGUUGGUCAGGUGGUUUUCUCCGUGUAAUUGCCAAAUUGCCUGUCCUGAGAACAUCCUGAAAGCCCACGGGCAACAGGAAGCACAGCCUGCAUGAGCAGAGGAUAAUCAUUAUCCAGACAACAGUUCCAAACAUUUAUGGACCUUGAAAAGAAGCGGUUAAAAGUGAAUAGAAAAUAAUAAUAUCUUAGUUUAAAUGGAUUUCAAGCACUGUCUAUGUAUUUACAAUUACACCGUGUG